AUGUCUUUACGUUUUGCAUCUCAAACUCUUAGAUCAAAUUCUUUAUUGAAAAAAAAUUCAAUUCUUUUAGCUACAAGAUCUUAUUCUUCUGGUGAAAAAACUCUUAAACAAAGAUUUGCUGAAUUAAUUCCUGAAAAAGUUGAUCAAAUUAAACAAUUGAAAAAAGAUUAUGGUUCAACUGUUAUUGGUGAAUUAACUCUUGAUCAAGCCUAUGGUGGUAUGAGAGGUAUUAAAGGUUUAGUUUGGGAAGGUUCUGUUUUGGAUCCAGUUGAAGGUAUUAGAUUUAGAGGUCGUACUAUUCCAGAUAUUCAAAAAGAAUUACCAAAAGCUGAAGGUGGUUCUGAACCUUUACCAGAAGCUUUAUUUUGGUUAUUAUUAACUGGUGAAGUUCCAACUGAAUCUCAAGUUAAAACUUUAAGUGCUGAAUUAGCUGCAAGAUCUCAAUUACCAAAACAUGUUGAAGAAUUAAUUGAUAGAUCUCCAUCUCAUUUACAUCCAAUGGCUCAAUUUUCAAUUGCUGUUACUGCAUUAGAAUCUGAAUCUCAAUUUGCUAAAGCUUAUGCUUCAGGUGUCUCUAAAAAGGAUUAUUGGAAUUAUACUUAUGAAGAUUCUAUUGAAUUAUUAGCAAAAUUACCAAAUAUUGCUGCAAGAAUUUAUCAAAAUGUUUUCAAAGAUGGUAAAGUUCCAUCAAUUAAUAAAGAUUUAGAUUAUGGUGCUAAUUUAGCAAAUUUAUUAGGUUAUGGUUCAAAUCAAGAAUUUGUUGAAUUAAUUAGAUUAUAUUUAACAAUCCAUUCUGAUCAUGAAGGUGGUAAUGUUUCAGCUCAUACCACACAUUUAGUUGGUUCUGCUUUAUCUUCUCCAUUUUUAUCAUUAGCCGCAGGUUUAAAUGGUCUUGCAGGUCCAUUACAUGGUCGUGCUAAUCAAGAAGUUUUAGAAUGGUUAUUUAAAUUAAAAGAUGAUGUUAAAGGUGAUUUCUCAAAAGAAUCUAUUGAAAAAUAUUUAUGGGAUACUUUAAAUGCUGGUAGAGUUGUUCCAGGUUAUGGUCAUGCAGUUUUAAGAAAAACAGAUCCAAGAUAUACAGCUCAAAGAGAAUUUGCCUUAAAACAUUUACCAGAUUUUGAUUUAUUUAAAUUAGUUUCAACAAUUUAUGAAGUUGCACCAGAAGUUUUAUCAAAACAUGGUAAAACUAAAAAUCCAUGGCCAAAUGUUGAUUCACAUUCUGGUGUCUUAUUACAAUAUUAUGGUUUAACUGAAGAAUCAUUUUAUACUGUGUUAUUUGGUGUUUCAAGAGCUUUUGGUGUCUUACCACAAUUAAUUAUUGAUAGAGCUGUUGGUGCUCCAAUUGAAAGACCAAAAUCUUUCUCAACUGAAAAAUACAUUGAAUUAGUUAAAGGUUUAAGUAACAAAUAA